UCCUAUCUCUCCACGUCUCUCUCUCUCCCUCUCUCAAAAUAUCUCACAUCCCUUUCCACACAUCUCUCUGUUUCCCCCUGUUCUGUCUCUCUCUCUCUCUCUCUGCAAACCAUGCUUCUCAGAGCUGCUUCUGCUUUCUCUCUCUUGAACACUCAUGGCGACAAUCCGAGCCCCUUUAUGUUCCCUGCUUCGUCUUCUUCGUUGAACUCUGCGGCCUCUGUUCUCGGCGUUUCGCAAUCGAAGAGUCAAAAUGGGUUCGUGGUUUGCGCUGCCAAGGGUUCGAACAAUAGUCCCUUAACCGGAGUCGUUUUCGAUCCCUUCGAAGAGGUGAAGAAGGAGCUUAUGCUUGUCCCUAAUGUCCCUCAAGCCUCUCUCGCUCGCCAGAAGUAUUCCGAUGAGUGUGAAGCCUCAAUCAACGAACAGAUCAAUGUUGAAUACAACGUUUCCUAUGUGUACCAUGCUAUGUUUGCCUACUUCGAUCGAGACAACGUUGCGCUCAAGGGUCUCGCAAAGUUUUUCGAGGAAUCAAGUGAAGAGGAAAGAGACCAUGCUGAGAAGUUCAUGAAGUACCAGAACAAACGCGGUGGCAAAGUGAAGCUACAAUCCAUUCUGAUGCCAUUGUCUGAGUUUGACCAUGCUGAGAAAGGAGACGCACUGUAUGGAAUGGAGCUUGCGUUGUCUUUGGAGAAGUUGACAAAUGAAAAACUUCUGAACUUGCACGCUGUAGCGAUGCGGCACAAUGAUGUGCAGUUGGCUGAUUUUAUUGAAAGUGAAUUUUUAAAUGAGCAGGUGGAAGCCAUUAAGAAGAUCUCAGAAUAUGUUGCACAGCUAAGAAGAGUCGGCAAAGGACAUGGUGUCUGGCAUUUCAAUCAGAUGCUCCUCCACGAGGAAGCUGAAGUUGCAUGAUGGUGAAUCUGGACAUGUUCUCUUUUAUUUGCCAAUUUGGAGCACGGUCUUUUGUGGUUUGGACAGGAAGUUGUGUUGAUGAUAGAUGAAAAGCACGUAUGGGACUAGUUUAGUCAUCUAUAUUAAUAUUUGUUACAACUUUCAAGUGCUUGAGAUUUCAUUUGUUAGUGCUUGUCAAGUUCAAGAAAUUUUAUCUUCAUUUCCAUGCUUGUUACUGUGGUUC